AAACAGUGGCUGUUGGUAGGCAACGGCAGCAAAAACUACAAUUCCCAGAAUGCCCGGCGCCGCGCCUGCGCAGAUCUGUGUCGAAAAGAAAAGUACCGCGCUGUUUGUGGAGCAGCUGGGGGUGGGGAGGGAUGGAGCUGGAGUUCGGUAAGUCGGUGAAGUGUGAGGACGAGGAGGAGAGGACGGCCACGUCUGUCAGCUUCUCGGCCCAGGAUGUCACCAACAGCUCGUUUGGGGAGGAAGAUGUUGGAGGCAGCAGGAACGAGGAAGUGCAAGGCGAGGGGCACGAGCAUAUGAUUAACCUGGCCGACCUGAAUCCCUACAUCCGGUGCUCGAUAUGCGAGGGUUACUUCAUCGAUGCCACUACCAUCACCGAAUGCCUUCAUACAUUUUGUAAAAGCUGCAUCGUUAGGCAUUUCUACUACAGCAACCGAUGUCCUAAAUGCAAUGUUGUGGUGCAUCAAACCCAGCCCCUGUAUAACAUUCGGUUGGAUAGGCAGUUGCAGGACAUCGUCUUCAAAUUAGUCGCCAACUUAGAAGAACGUGAGAAAAAACAAAUGUAUGAUUUCUACAGCGAACGAGGGCUGGAGAUCCCUAAACCUGUAGUCCCACAGUCUGCCUCAACUGUUCGAGGAAGACCGAAGAAACUGUUCGGACCCUUAUUCCACAUUCCACCAGAACUGGAUGUGUCGCUUCUUCUGGAAUUUAUAGGGGCUGAUGAAGGCACAGGAAGCUUUAAGCCUUUGGAGAAGAAAUUUGUGCGCGUGUCUGGAGAAGCUACUAUAGGACAUGUGGAGAAAUUCCUGAGACGGAAGAUGGAGUUGAACACAGCCUGUCAGGUGGACAUUAUAUGUGCAGAUCACCUUCUGGAACAUUACCAGACGUUAAGGGAAAUCCUUGCUGAAAUUGGGAAAAAUGCUGUUCAGGAUGGUUUACUGGUCCUUCAUUUUGGUGUGGGGCUGUCUCCAUUAUCAUUGACUUGAGAGGAUUCCUAUGAAAGGACGUAUUCUCCAAUGAGCUCUGUGUGAAGACUGCACUAAGAAGAAAGAUGUCGCUCCUCUAUUGCACUGUGAAGAUCUGGGAUGAGCACCCUGGCUGCGGUGUCGUCAGUAACCCAAGCAUCAUUACCGACAUCUUAUCGAUGGUUAUUUGAUGCUGGUCAUACAUAGAAGUCGAUAUUGCAUAGUUUUCCUCUUUCAAUCAACUUACUAUUUGCCUUGAUGUCAAUCAGUCAUCUGCAACCACGUGGCUGUCUCUUGGGAAGUGUCUGUCAACUCCUGUUAGAGCUUGUUGGGAGUUGUAGUUGCCCAGCAGCAGAAAGCCACUGCUUGCCAACCACCGAUGUCAGUUUGCACUGCAAAGACGAGUAGUAUACCAAAUAACGAUCUGCCUUAAAGUUGUCCGUGGAUGCGUUGUCCGUGGAAACCCUAUCAAUUACAUUAUUAAUGUGAAACUGGGCAAAUUUGGGCUAUUUAGGGUCUCCGUAUUAACAUGCAGGGUUUGCAUGGUUUGACGCCAGGGCUCUGCGGCUGCGUUAUACUAAUACUUUUAGCUUCUUCACACUGUAUUUGGACCAGAAAUCUGGGGCAAUUAGCUGAUCACUGUUAUGUGCAGCAUCCAUAGGGUGAGCAGAACAGGAAGUCUGAAGGGUGAAGAUGCAGCCAAUAGUGAUAUCAGAGAGGUAGGGGCAUCCUUUUGGCAAAGGUUUCUUAAUGACCCAUUAUGCUAAAUGGCCCUAGUAAGUUAAUUUUACUCAUUAUAAAAAUUGAGCCAAAGUUUUACUUUUCAAGGAGUUGUUCGAGAUGAAUAAAAACUCAGUCAGACCUGUAAAUGCUCUAAGAUAACUACAGAAUCGAUACUCGCCCCUUUUCUCCACUGCUUCUUCCAGCAAUGAACUCGUUCUGCUAAAGUCCUCUUCUUGGCUGCAGCGGUGACUUACCAUGCAGCCAGUCACUGGUCUUGGCAGUAUACGGGAUGACACCGCCGCAGCCAGGAAAGCAAACAGUAGCGGGAAGGAAAGGAGUGCAGUGCUGGAAGCAGCAGGGAAGAAAAGGGGUAUCAAUUCUUUUGUUAUCUGACAACCAUUUACAGGGGCUGCCUGAGUUUGUAUGCAAGUCAGACAACCCCUUUAAGUAAAGUAUACGUGGAAUUGAUAUUUUCUGUAAAGGCACACAAAACGAAUGUGUGAAGGCAGAAAUGCAUUAAUUUACAGCUUUGUAAAACACAGAACUGCUGCAUUUUGUAUUUCACAGAAAUCUAUUUGUACCACGUUUAUUGCAUUGGGAAGAGAAUAUAUGUUCUCUUUACUGUAUAUACUUGUAAUAAAGCCAAUUUAA